UUAGAAGGCAUGGAGCAAAGGUGUAACUGUGGUUGAUAAUAUCAAGUUGGAAGCAAUUUGCAAUAUCGAUGAAUGAGCCAUGGCCUUUGGGCAAUGAACAAAUUAACACUUAACAGACAUCACAUAAAUGGCUUCUUCAACCAUAGCCUGCAACUUCAGCUGUAACUACCAUCCUUCAAUACCCCUUCAAACCUCAGCCACUCCUUUUUCCUUAUCUUUUUCACACCCUCUACUUUGCUCUUACAAUGGCCUUUCCCUUCACUCUUCAACCUCCACCUUCAGAGUUUUUGCCAAGUUUGAGAAAUUCCAAACCGAAUCCCCUGAGCCUGACCCACCAUCCCCAUUGGAAGAGAAUACUGUAACUUCUGUUAAGGAUGAUGAGGAAGAUGACAGUUGCUUGCCUUCAGACUUGGAGGGUGCAGUGAGGCAAUCUGGCGAGGCCGCAGGCUUAUUUGUAUCUACAGGAGGGAUGAGAGCCACAGUUGAACUUUUAAUCCCGCAACUGCAAUUUUUAGAUGACGAAGGUGCGCAGGUUGAACUCUGGGACUUGUCAAGGAUUUUUUUGGAUACACUCAUUGAGAAAACAAAAUUCCAGAGGGUUAAAGCCAUAUUUCCAGAUGCUGGUGCAGCAGCCCUUCUGAAGUUUCGGUGGAAAGAUGCUAUAUUUAGAUUUGCAAGCUUGAGUGACCGGAAGCCUGUGGAAGGUGAUGAUGAGAUUGUGGUUAUGAUUGUUCCAGAUUAUCAGAUGUUAGAAUAUGUGGAGAGAAUUGCAUCCAAUCUCUCAAAUGAUCCACCUAGACCCCUCAUCAUGUGGAAUCCACGCCUGAUUAGUGAGGAUGUUGGAGUUGGCUUUAAUGUCCGGAAAUUAAGGCGCUUCUUUCUAAGCACUUUUACAACUGUCUAUUUCAUGAGACCAAUGCCAUUUGGAGCAAUCUUCAGGUGUUAUCCAGGACAGUGGAAAGUGUUCAGUGAUGACAAGGAUAGGCCAAAUAGAUAUUUGCUUGCCAAGGAAUUCGAGAGCCGUCCUGAUGCUGAAGACAUUGAGAUUCUAUUUAGCGAAGAAGAACAGAAGUCAGAGCAAGGGCAAGGUUUGCUAGACAAAGCUGCGGGCAUAUUCUCUUCAAUUAGCCGGAUGAUGAAGUCUAUAUGAUAAUUGAUGAUCUUGCAUACUAGUUCUCUUCAUAGCGCAUAUCACGCCCAUUCAUUGCAAUUACAUGUUUGAUUCUUCAAAGUUAAUUUUAGAAACCUUGCAACUUUCAUUACCAUAUACUAUGAUGCAAGUUUACAUGUUGUGAUGUAUUCUAAUUUGUGCCAGACCACCACUUUUGUUGGGCAAGUGUUCAUCCCUACUCUGUAUAGAAGAAAUGAAUUUGUUUU